CGAAGUAAUUGACUGAUACUGAUAAUAUAAUACAUUCAUUCUCUCUAAAAACAUUAUCGAUUUAUUUUUUUGUUAGAUUAGAGAAUCGCAUUUGGAAAGUAAGUUGGAAGUUUUCAUCAGAUUAUAAGUCAGCACUCUGUUUCUUACACAGUACUAAGUUAUUUUUAUUUCUUAUUAUCGUUGUCAAAUAACAAAGAAAACUAAUUAUUCAAAAUCCAAGGAUAUAUUUACAAAGAGUAUAUGGAUAUUCAAAAGAAAAGCUAUUGAUAAGCAAGAAGUUUCAUCAUUUAAAUUGAUAGUAUUUAAAUCAAUUAAACAAAGAAACGCUUUGCUGAUUUGAUAUUUACUUUCCACACAUGGACUUCCAAGACAGAGAAAUGCACACAUAUAACUUCGGUACUUGGAAUGUCCAAGGAUUGACUGAAAAGAAAAAGGAAACUUUUACUGAAAUCGAGCGAGAAAAUGAAAACUUAGUAGUUUUGACCGAAACCAAGUUAAGAGGAAGUGGACAGGAAGAGCAUGGGAAAUAUAUUCACCUUUACAGUGGAGUGAAAACAGGCCAUGCCAGAGCUGGAGUGUCCAUCUUUAUCAAGAAGGAUCUCGGUCGCAUUACAAAGUGGGAAGCGGUAAAUGAAAGGUUGAUUACUGCGAAACUCAACAUUCAUGGACAAAAGGUCAUAGUUAUUGGUGUCUAUUGGGUAGAUGACAGCGCUACACCUUAUAUCAAGGAUCGCUUUCAAAGUGAUUUCAAGAAUGAGCUGAAGAAAGUGAAGAGAGAACACGAGUUAAUUAUAUUAGGAGAUUUCAAUAGCAAAGUUGGAAUCUCAACCACCAGUAAAAUUGUUGGAAAAUUUGGGGAUAAAGAAAUUAAUAACAAUGGUCGAAGAUUGAUUGAUGUUUGUGAAGAAUUCAAAUUAAAAAUACAAAAUACAUUCUUUGAUCAUGAAGAUAUUCACAAGUAUACUUGGCAUCACAAACGGAAUUCUUCCAAAUCAUUAAUUGAUUUUUGUAUUACCAGACAGGAAACAACUCUGCAAGUCCAUGAUAUUCUUGCAUGUAGAUGGCUAGAAUGUGGGACCGAUCAUAUAUUCCUUGAAGCAACUAUUUCAUUUCCAAUUAUUAAAGGCAAUGAAAACAACGAAUAUAUUGUAGAAGAAGAAGCGUUUGAAAUGAUUAAAUACAAGACAUAUUUGCUUCACAGUCAAACGUUCAGAAAUUCUUAUAAUGAAUAUUUGGAUUCUUUCAUAAACACAUCUACAGAGAGAUCCACAAAGGAAAUGUACUGUCAUUUGAAAAAAGGUAUCCAUUCUGCGGCAACUCAUGUACUGGGAAUUCAAGAUAAAGAUGUGUUUGGUGAAUUUCUCUGGGAUCAAGAGUUAUUGCAAUUGCGAGCAAGAAGACUGAAUAUUAUGAGUGACAGUAAAAUUGAGUCACUAUCAGACAGAACUAUUUUCCAUUCACCAUUUGAUAAAUAUAAAAAUGAGGUAUGGAAAAACAUCUGUGAAACCAUUGAUAAAGCUGAGAAAAAUAAAAGAAGUAAAACAGCAUGGAGAAUUUUAGAGGAAGUUCUCAACAAAAGAGAUGAAAAUCUGACUCAUUAUCUACCAUCGGAAAAUUUCUGCAAAAAUCUCUUUAAAAACAAUCGUAUAGAUGUUAAAGAAUUUGAAACAAAAAAAAUAGACAAGAAGGAAAAUACCUAUCAAAUUGACCCAGAUCAAACGUUACAAAUUAAGGUUGAAGAUGUGAUGAAAGCUCUUGAUGAACUAGAUGAUGACAAAGGACCUGUGCCUGAUGGAUUAAGUUUACAACUUUUGAGAAAUAGCAGCUUUAAAUCAAAAUACAUCUUAGCAAAUUUAAUUCAAGACAUUUUUAAUGGCAAAGAAAUUCCGCCCGAGAUAGAUGAAAGUUAUAUUAGUAAUAUAGUAAAAAUUAAAAAUCGGGAAAAGUAUGCCAUAGAAGAUGGCAUACAAGUUCACAGCAUAAUGAGAAUAAUGUGUUUUAUUUUGAACGAAAUGCUACAAAAAGUCAUUAGUUUAAAGAACUUUUCUCUAAAUGUGCGUCAAUUAGCUCACUUAGAUGCAAUUUUUACUCUGAGGUUACUUCUUCAGAAAGUUGCCGAAAAACAAAAUCCUCCUUUGCAUCUUGCAUUCGUAGAUUUAAAACAAGCAUAUUUCGGCGUCCAACAUUUAAAACUUUUCAAAACUCUUGAAAAAUAUGGAAUUUCUAAAACUUUGAUUGCAGUAUUAGAACAUUUAUUUAAGUCAAAUACUCUCAGAGUUGUUGGGACAAACAAAUUAUCUGACCAAUACAUUCUAGACAAAGGUUUGAUAGAACAAUGCGUUUUGGGACCUACAUUGCUAAAAAUGUACAUCCAAGAAUCUAUCAUAGCAUGGAGUGAUGAAAAUUCUCGGAAUGGUAUUACGAUAGAUAAUCGUAUAUUGACCUAUAUAAUUUCUAACGAUAAAAUAAUUAUCGUUGCUCAGAAUCAUACAUCGUUAGAAACAAUGAUCCUAAAUCUUAAACAUCGUCUUAAAAGUCUAGGUUUGCAUAUAAGUCUUAAGAAUUUGAAAUAUCUAGGGAAUGAAAAAUUGACAUUCGGUAAAACUACUAUUCAGGGAGAAAACGUUAUAGAUUAUGAUGGUUCAUGUUUAGAACUUGAUGGCAGGAAUUGGGAAGAAGUCUCCCACAGAAUUCUGGAAACAAAAAAUGCCAUCGGUUAUUUGCAUCCUGUUGUGAGAGAUGAAUGCGUUUCCAUGAAAAUCAAAAGAAAAAUCUUCAACAUAAUUAUCAGAUCCAUUUUAAUGAAUGGCUGUGAAACAUGGACAUUGACGGAUGACUUAAAAGGGAAUAUUAAUUUAGUAGAAAUGAAUUAUUGGAAAUGGUGCUGUGAGAAUCAUACCAAGAAGUAUACUUCUCAACAGUUAAGAACUGUUAUGAACAUUAAAUAUACAUGCUUUGAUAUAUUUAUGCUGCGAAAAGCAGCAUGGUAUACCAUAGUGAAACAAAUGAACUUAGACAAGUGGCCUGUGUGGAUUCUUAAUUGGGAUCCAAAGGGUGCUGGUAGAAUUGGAAGACCCAGAAAGAAAUGGAUAGAUGGUGUAGAAGAUAUUUUGAGAGAUAUAAGUAAAUACGAAAAUUAUUUACAAAAUCACAAAUUAUUUUUAAAGCAAGAUAAACAAGAAGCCAUUAGAGCAAGUCCCACGAAAUGAUCAUAGCUGCAUGAUGUUACCAUGCAAUUUUCUUUCUCCCAUGGUUCGGAAACACUGAAUUAAUGCAUAUUUUCCCCACUUUUGAAAAAUUAUUUAUUUUCACGUAUUAAAGAAUCUUACUUUGCUCACUAGCAACAAAAUGUGAUGUUUAUAAUAAUUAAAAUUCAUCGAUACUAUCAUUAUUAUAUCAUGAUAGCAGCAAAAAAAAAUCCUUCAUA